GAAUUUUUAUUUAAUGAAGAAAGUUAGGCUAAAUUAGCCAAUAAAUACCCAAAACUCUCACUUCACUAAUUAAACACAACUCUGUCCUCUGUUAUGUGUUAUGGGUUGUUGCGUCAGCUCCCUCACCGCCGACCAGAAAGAUGAUUCCAUCUCCGGCACGAACGCAGCACCGCCUCCAUCCGUCGUCGAAGAAGAGACAGUAGUCAAAGAAGUCUUGUCCGAAACCACAUUGGUAACUGACAACACGAGGUCGAACAAGGUUCCUGAAGACAAGGAGAAGAAACCCGUAGCUGUCAACGUAGCUCCAGGCCCUGGUUUAACCGAGAACGGUUUAGUUAAACCGAAAAAAGGAUCGGAAAUUUGCAGUUUGAGCGAGAAUCUGCUCUCUAUAGUGAAUGGGUGCAACGAGGAAGAAGCGAAACAGAGGAAACUACAUGGUGUGAGAGAGCGAUCUCCGGCGAAAUCUCGGAACCGGGUCAUGGUUCAUAAUUACCCGACCCGGAGAACCGAUAUGUCGCCACGUAAGAGAAACACGGAAGGAGGAGGAGAAGAAGCUGGCUCGGUGAGGCUGGUGCCUUCGGGUACGGGUCAGAGAGACCCGAAUAAAAGAUCCGGGAGGAGAAGGUCCAGGUCAGUCAUGAUAGGUCCGACUCGGGAUCAUUAUUGUACGGACAAUGGUGGAGCAAAUCUGUCUCCGGGUCGGGUGAGACCUGAUCCUGAUAAGAACGGGUCGGAUCAUCAUCAGUGGCUGAGUUGCGGUGCAGCUGGAGAUAAUGACGUAUCUACCCCUAUCAUCGACUCAUUUGAGAACUCUCUUGUCACUCUGGAGUGUUUCAUCUUUCUUUGACAUUUUUAUGGAAAAAAAAUGUCACCGGAGAAUAACAGUCUCGAAUUAUCGCCGAGAUUUAAUCAACUACUUUUAUUGAUUUAAUCAACUGCUUUUAUUAAUUUACUACGGUGUAACCGCUAACCAUCAUAGGCAUA